AUGCCGUCAAUUAAGAGACUGCAAGAUCUUGUCACCAUGGGCCUGAAUGCAAAGAAGGUCGAUUACGAUGGCAAUACCUUGCUUCAUGAAGCUGCCCCAAAGUAUCAUGCCGGCAAAUCGGAAAUGGUGUUUAUCCAGUACCUCCUCUCCUGCGGUAUUCCCGCCAGUGCUACCAACAACAAAGGGCUAACACCUGCCCACAUCAGCAUGGAAGCGACAAAUGUUGAGUAUGUCGGUGAAGUACCGUUGUGGAAAUUUUUCAAGAGCCUUGACGAGACAUUCGAUGUCAAUAUUCCGGACUUUGACGGCGUGACACUUCUUCAUCUAGCCUGCGUACGGUCUGAAGUGGAAGUCAUCCGCUUGCUUGAUGCUGGCGCGAAGUGGAAUAUUGUUACUGCAGAAGGACACCCAAAGCUUGUAUAUCUUCUCCUAGCGGCUGGUGCACGAGUCAACCAAGAAGACAACAGGAAGCGGACGCCACUCCACUGCUGUGCAGAUUAUGGGAAGGAGCAGAACAUUUUCUCUGUGGUCGGGGACUACAAUUUCAACAUCAAGGAUCGCUGGAGGCCAUACUUAACGGGUUUCAGGAAGCAUUAUAUGCAAAUCAAUCGUAUCGGAAUGGUCGUGACCGCACUUCUCGCUGCAGGCGCGGAUGCUUUGACACUUGACGAGGACGACACCUAUCCGUUGGCGGUUGCGCUUACGAGUAGAUAUCCCGAGAUGGCACGGAAACUUGAUUUUACCUUGGAAGCCAUCAAAGAAAAUGAAUACUUGGACUUUGAUCCUAGUAUUCUUACCCAACUGGCCCUCAUGAAGCAGCCAGGAGUUCAAUCACUGGAUCUCAAAGGCAGCAUUCGACAAGAUCUCCUUCAAAACUCGGCGCGCUAUCUUCCUCUGCUCCACCCCCAGAGUAUUGUUGACUAG